AUGGCAAGCAAGAAAGGAGGUCAAAAGGAUAGAAAAGGAGAUUUUAAGAAAGGUGACAAGUUGAACAGUUUACAGUUUUUUUUUUUGCUUUUAAUUUGUAAUAAUACAAAAGAACUGAGAAUGAGAAAAUCAUACUUAAAAAAAAAGAUUAAAGAAAGGCUUUUGUCUAAGAAAGAAACCUUGAGCUGUUUCGCUUUCAUUGAAUAA